AUUUAGGCGACGAUUUUAAAACAGUGACUUAUUUUAGAGAAAAACUUCAGAUAAGUUCAGGGCAGUCUAUUAGAUUAUGGCAUCCUCAAGGUCAUCAGCCGGACGGCCGAGGGACGCCAUCGGGUCUCUAUGUCAACUCCUGAAUCUUAAAGGAAUUACCGGACUUACCCCAGAGAUCUUCAGGCAGGCCAAGUUCAACAAACCAGAAGCUGUUGCUCCUUUAUGGUCACUCCUUUACUCCCUCGCCCACUAUAACACCCACAAGUGCAUCCCAUCUAAGAAAGACGCAACACGCCACGCAACACCAACUGACCUCAUCUCCUCAACAAAGCACACCAUGUGGGUAGAGGGUUAUCGGUGUUACAAGCUAUAUCGCCUCCCAGAUGACAUGAGUGGGGGAAGUCGUGAGGUGCUUCUUGCAUGCGCCUGGCUCUUGGCCAAGACGGAUAUCUUAGCUGAUAUCAUUCUCGAUGACAGGGCGAUGGCGGUAGCCGACACGGCGCACCUACACCUUGAGGAGGUCGCGAAGGCCAUGACGAGGACGAAAGGAGCUAGUCACUCGGGUGACACGCCGCUGAGUGACUGCGCUAAGAGGCUGGGGUGGAUGGUCGGACGAUGUAGAAUGGCAAUGAGGCGCUUAUACGUCCAACAACAGGAAUUUUGUAGCCUCACUCACCAGAUUCACGUAGCAACCCAAGGAUUAAGUGUUUCCAUGGAUACCUCGCAUCUGUCGCCAUUAGAAACCUUCAUCACCAGGCAUUCAGACCAACUCAAGACACAUUAUGACUUCUUAGAGACAGAGCAAUCCAGACUUCACAUCUGCAUCCGAUGGCAGGAGCAACAACAAACCUUCUGGCAAUGGAUGGAGAGUGUGCUAGACGCAAAGCUUCAAGACACGUCAGAUGAACUAGAGGAAGAACAAGCUGAUGAUUCCACCAGACCUAAUUCCUCAUCGAGGUCAGGUGAUCUCAUGGAGAUCCUUAUCGAUCUGGAAGGAUGCACUCAGCAACUUGAAUGCCUCGUUGACGAUGAUGGCUCUCCUGAAGAUGCUAGAUACACCUCUAUGUCCUUGAUUGCAGAAGACGUCAGAUCCAGACUCGCUCCACCUCCCACAGCAACUUCAACAAGACGACACUCUCAUCAGACUACCAGGUUCCAUCUCACAAGCAAACAAUCUAAAGCGCCCUCUGCAGCUCAGAGUGAACCAAUCGAUAGAAUCCAUAUCCAGGACGAGAUCACGAGACUCUCGGCGGUCGUCGAGCAAUUGAAAGUGGAGUUGGAGGACCUGAGGGAAGGCCAUCGGUGUCGGAUUGAGGACUUGACCUCUGUGCUCCCUGACGCUGUGUGUAUUCCUCCCAUGGGGUCAUCAAGAUGACAUGACAGGCCCUCCGUCGAUUCUACGUCCUAGACCGAGCCUUCUAGUGACCAAACUUAACCUGGCC